CUUGACUGUUGCGGUGGAGGCAUUAAAACAGAUUUGUUGGUGUCCCGUGUGCCAUCGUGUAAUUACGUUUGUCCUUUAGGUCCUACUCUUCUGUUUGUCAAGACCAGCCAAGGAAAAGAGGAAGGAAGAAGGUUUUAUGCUUGUUCAGCUUGUAGGGAUGGAAAAGAUUGUAACUUUUUCCAGUGGGAAGAUGAGAAGGUGUCUGAAACUAGGCUUGCAGCACGUGAAGAAUAUAAUAGAAAUCAUCAGCCACCUUUUACACACAGACAGAAUGUGGAAAGGUACAAGAAUUUUGUUCUGUUGCCAUUAUCAAAGAGGAUGGAAUGCCAGCGAUUGCUAUUGCCAGCUGAAUGGGAAAAACACUCAGAUCACCAGUUCCUGUGUGAUAUCUCUGCUACCCAGUUAAAAAGUCCCAGUCAACUUUUGUAUCCGCUGGAGAAUAAAAAAACAAAUGCACAGUAUUUAUUUGCAGACAGAAGUUGCCAGUUCCUACUGGACCUUAUUACUGAUUUAGGAUUCAGACGAGUGCUCUCUGUUGGAACACCCAGGCUUCAUGAAACGAUCCAGUCAAAAGCAUCCCAAGAAAAAGAUUUCAGGGUUAGAAGCCUUCUGCUCGAUAUUGAUUUCAGGUAUUCACAGUUUUACACAGAGGAUGAAUUCUGCCACUACAACAUGUUUAAUCAUUAUUUUUUUGGUGGAAAGACUGCGCGUGAAACUUGUAGGAAGUUCUUGUGUCCAGACAAUGGUGAAAGAGUCAUUAUGGUAACUGAUCCCCCAUUUGGAGGUUUAGUGGGAGCAUUGGCUUCUAGUUUUAAAAAGCUGAUGGCAAUGUGGAAGGAGACAGAAAAAGAAGGUCAUAACAACCAAGAGAUGCCCGUGUUCUGGAUAUUUCCAUACUUCUUUGAGUCUCGUAUUCUUGAAUUUUUCCCACGCUUCAGUAUGAUGGAUUACCAGGUAGACUAUGAUAAUCAUGCACUUUAUAAACAUGGCAAGACAGGUCGUAAACAGUCCCCUGUCCGUAUCUUCACGAACCUCACCCCAAGUAUGAUUGUACUUCCCGUAGAAGAGGGUUAUAGGUUUUGUGCUAUAUGUCAGCGGUAUGUUAGUUCUGGUAACCAGCACUGCGAUAUAUGCAAUUCAUGUACGUCAAAGGAUGGUAGACGAUGGAAACAUUGUGUUCUUUGCAAAAAAUGUGUAAAACCCUCUUGGUUUCACUGUAACAAUUGCAACUGCUGUGCUCUUCAGAACCACACUUGUGAGAAGACUUAUGCUGGCUGUUUUGUUUGUGGCAAGGCAGGUCACAAACGCAGUACCUGUCCCAGUCUCUCCCGCACCAGAACAGCUUGCCAAGCUGACAAAAAGCAAAGGCUGAAAACUCUAAAGAGG